GUACUACCGUGGCGAAAGAACUUCGGUUGUCGACUGUACCUGGGUGUGGACCAGUGUAAUGUUGGUGGGAUCGCUUCGCUGUGGUACCCAUUAUGUCGAAAAGUACUUUGGUCGACUGCAUUCCGAUGAUGUUUUGCCUCAGAUUGUACCUGACCGCUUAAGUUAAAAUUUCAGUCGGAGAACUUCUAUGCCGGUUGACGGAAGAAAAGUGUGGUGCUUUUGAAAACACGUGGAUUUUUCGGGGAUUUUUUUUCUCUCUCGUGUGUUGUGUUGUGUCUGGUGCCAACUUCUUAAUGUUUACGGUUCAAUAUUUUUUGUGUUAUGGGCGCGACUUUGCGCAUUUUUUGGAUUUCAAUUUAAACACAUGUUGAGCCCAUUAGGGCGGCCUGUCUUUCGUGCAGGCCUGCAGGGCUGGCUUUAGGAUGCGCGGGCGAUGCGCGCCGGCCUGUGCACGGUGAGCGCCCCCCUGGCCGCGUGCAAACCUCCCGCCGCCGCUACCCCGUUGGCCCCCUCAGCACGGUUCCUCGCUCUACACCUGCUACACCAGCAGACGCUCUACUUCUUAGCUACAGCCAAGUCACGUGUGCGCGAGCUUUAUCUACAGACAUGCAGAUACUUCGCCCAACAGGGCAUGCUAGACACCGAGCUAUUCGGAUUGGCUCUUAUUUGUGAUGGUGAAUACCUGUUUGCCGAACCUGACAGCAAGCUCUCUAAAUACGCCCCGAAGAGUUGGCGCUCGUCCCAGAGCCAUGGACUCGACGCGAACGGACGUCCUGCGCUUGCCUUCUACUUUCGUGUCCAGUAUUACGUGGACAGUCCACUCCUUCUCAGAGAUGAGACUACCAGACACCAUUACUACCUGCAGUUGCGACUCAACGCGGUCUCGGGAGCGGCGGGGGAACACGCCGCCCAUCUGGCGGGACUCGCACUGCAGGCGGAUCUGGGGAACUUUAAUGAAAAUUCGAGUUAUCGACCAGAAGAUUACGUGCCACCGAACAUGCGAGGACCAGCUGCGUUACGAGCUAUCGAGACAACCCAUAGAUCGCACAGGUCCUUGUCGCAAAGUGAAGCCAGAGCAAAAUAUAUUGCUGAAGCUUGCCAGCUGCAAGAACCGGUUAACGCACACGUAUUUAGGUUAAAAGCUUCAAAGUCGGAGCCCGUGCCUGGUUCACUUCUUGUAGCAGUAUGCGCACGAGGUCUACGGGUAUGUCCAGAAAACAAUCCCCCAUCAAUAUUUUUAUGGAGUAGCAUAAGUAAACUAAGCUUUGAAAGAAAGAAAUUUGAAAUUAGAACUGGUCAUGAGAAACUCACGUUAUACACAACGAGCGAUGAAAAGAGUCGAUUAUUGUUAGCUUUAUGUAAAGCCACACACCAAUUCAGUAUGGCAGUUGCUGGUCGAUUACACGAAGCGAAAAAGGAAGAAGAAGAACGGCAGAGAUGGGGUUGUGAUCAGCGCGUAUCGGUGAUUAGUUCGACGUCGUCAAACACGACGUCAGGAAUAGUCAGUGAUCGGGUCCAUUCAGAAGAUGAAUUAGAAAUAAUGAUAACUUGUCCACCGGCGCCGAGUACCGAGAGUCUGGCUCUAGCUCACCUGCUGGACAGUGCCCCUGCUAGCAGCCGGACAUCAGCCGCAUCGGCAACAGCUGUAGCCACUUCUACAGCUCUUACUUCUCUUUCUAUUAAGGAAGAUGAAGAAGACAAUCAGGCGAACCGACAAACUACAAGCGAGAGCUCUGGAAAGACCAACAGUAGUGUCAAGUGCGCUGGAUCGCAGUGCAGCUCCUCUUGUAGUACUGUCGUGGUGACUCCUGUUAGCCAAACAAAACCCAAGCGACGACGACAUUCAACAAGCAGCAGCUUAGAGCUGGGCUACUCUCACACAGCACAAAACUCAGCAGUCAGCGACGCAACUUGUAUUGAAAUUGAUGCCCGAGAAGUUGUGUAUACAGCUGGUCCUGCCCCAAGUAGUCACACAAGUGGCGUAUAUACACUUACCUCAAGCGAGCAUUGUACACUAAGUUCUGCAGGAAACUACACUACUAGUGAUUAUGCCGCCACCAAUGAAUCGCUUUUUAUGACCAUGAGUAGCGACCAAGUUGAUGGAUCUUUUAGGGACAGAGCUGAUUCUAAUGUGAGCAGUUCCAGUUUCCAUGGGGAUGGUAGUGAUCCCACUAAUAAUACCCAAUCAUUGCUUUCUGCUGAAGAACUAUCGGACUUAAUAGUUGGACGAUAUCCUUCUUGUAAAAGCGUUAGUAAUACAUUGGAUUCAGACUCGGAUUAUGUAACGUUACCAUCUGGAUAUCAAAGCUAUGCACCUGUACCACCUAGGCGUGUUGAUAGCGUAGAUCCGAGAUAUCGUCCUCCACCCCCACCAUAUCCGCACUCCCUUAAGUCUAAGGAAGAAAGUGAAAGUGAUAUAGCAAGUAACUUUGCAGAAAUUUCAAUAAAAGAUCCUCCACCAUAUCCGGAUAAUGCAACACCCGUGCCACCACCCAUAUAUCCGUUCGAGGAGGCUCCUGCAAGAUUUAUAACCACUCGCUCUCCAAGUCUUUUAACAGCUCACGUAAGUGCUGUGAGUGUUAAUUCGACGCCAAAUUAUUCUAUUUCAAAUACCACCUCUUUACCUCCUAUGGCUCCAAAGAAUACAAGGCAACCACUUAAUAAUAUUAUCCCUGCAAAUAACUUCAUAGACGUAUCUACUACUAAGCCAACAGCAAGUGUUUUGGUGCCAUGUACGUUCCUUCCUCCACCACCUCAACCAGCUCCCAGACAGCCUCCACCUCCACCACCAGCAGGCGUAGCAACAGUUUACACAAGCCAGUUAUCAAGAUCGCAAAUAGAACAGUACCAGCAGCAAAUGUAUAGUGAUGUGGACUUCGUAGUCUUCCCACUAAAAGAACCCGCAAUAAGUAAACAAGAAUAUCUGGAAGCUAAGCAAGGUUCAAUUUUGGCUGCACUGGCACAUCAACCAGUAUUUUAUCGCAGCACUUCAUACUUAGGCAGAUACGCCUCAAGUCAAAAUUUAUCUGAUACUUACGUGCAAUUGCCAGUAUACGGUGCUCCAAGCAUUUCAUCUACGGGGAGCUUAGAUCCUCCACCACCACCAUUACCACCGAACAGGCCAUCUAGAUUUUUACGAACUCAGAGCGAUGAUAAUAUUUUGAAUUCGUUGGAGACCAACCCACAGCCUCCAACAUUUAGGAGGCUUCCUCCACCACCACCUCCGGUUCCAGAAAAGAAUAAAGCCUUGCUUAGGAAGCACAACCUUUUAGUGGAUCCCAGCAAAACGGCUAGUGCAUCGGCAACCAAUACUGGCAACCCUCGCACUCCAUCCACACUAGACAUACGUACUUUGAGGGAAAAAAGCAAAAAACUAGACUUACCUCUUAUCUCUGCAUUAUGCAACGACCGAUCGUUAAUAAAACAAACAAAAGCAUUCGUAAUGCCCAAACAUCCUGGAGAAGUUUCACCUCUGAGGCAAGCAAGAAACUCCGCGAAAGGAAAGUAUCCAGUAUCAGGUUUAAGUAGCACGAAGAUCCAGAAGACCACCAGGAAACCGCCGUCGAUCAGCCAUCGACACCCGGGGGAUAAGUUGCCCGAAAUACCCCGAGCACAGCCGAAUAACUACGUUAUGACAGAAACUGCUAGGACCAAGCAUAAGAGUUUACACUCACAGUCGUAAAUGAUAAUCAUCUGCAAAAACUGGUCGAACUUUAUGAAGACAUUCUUACAUUUUGCGGAGAAAUGCGAAAGAAAUACCAAGAGGUCUAUUUAGUAAAAUGAAAUUUUCUAAAGAUAAAAAGUUGUAAUAAAAAUUAAGUUAAAAUUUAAAGUACUUCUCACAUCAUAUGGCAACAACUGGCCAUUGCAGAAACUGCAAGAUUUAAGAAUGUCCCUAGAUAAUAAUGAACGUAGCCAGACUUGACCAUUUUUUGCAGAUAGCACCUGCUCCUGAUUUUCCAGUACUAGUUUUUUAAUCAUGCUUAAAAAUAAUAUACAUUUUACACUCAGGGUGCCAUCACUGCAAUGUAAAUUUUCGUGGGAAAAAACCUGUGUUCUUUAAUAUAGUGUUUAUAUACCAAAUACUUUUUUUUUAUUCAGCCAGUACGUGAAUCUGGGACUACGCUAAGAUUAUUUACAAUUUCCUAUAAUUGAGGGUUGUUUUUUAAAACCCUAUAAAUUCAAAGAGGCAGACAGACAAUCAACUCCUAUUGAAAAAAUAAAUAAAAAGUGUUGGCACUGUCAGAGACUGAACCAAUGACCUCUCGCUACCUACAACUAAACGGCCAUGAAAUAACCGUCAAUGCGCACAACUCCGUUUUAAGAAAGCAGGCAUUACACGCAAGUUUCAAAACUUAAAUCAAGAGCAGAUAUUGCUAUAAAUCAUAAUUUUUUUUGCUUAAAAUAGCCGAAUAAAUUAAAAUUGCUUAUCUUCUAAUUGCUUACCAUGAGCAGAAGCGUGGUAAUUAAUUAAAAAAUAAAUGUUAUCAGGGUAGUGACGCUAGGCAAAUACACUUUUAGUUAUGAACUUGAUAAUUUUGCCAAUUGAAUUGCAAAUAUUUUGUGCUUAUAUAAUCUUAGCCUGACCCGGAUUUAUGUGAAAUAAUCUGUUUAAUUUGCUAAUUGAUGAGGAAUUAAUUUUUAAUUAAGUGGUAUCCAAACGAACCUUUUAGUAAAAUAUUGUAUUAUGAAUACAGGGUUUUUUACUUGCGCAGUCAAUAUAAAAAAAGAAAUCUUAGAAUUAGUUAUUUUAUUAAGUGGAAAUAAAUAAGAUGAAUUGUUAUACGUAGUGACGUAAACCUAUUUUUUUAAAUAUAUAUUUUUGUUGACUGGUAAGCUAUAAACUGUUCCCUAAUGUAAAUAAAAGUUAUAUUAUAUUUGUGCCCUUACAGAAAUAAUUAUUCUAUUUUAGUAGUAGUGUGUACACUUGGCCAAUACUUAAUUUUUAUUUAUUUUUGUAUCGAAAUUUUUUGAAUGCUUCAAGUGUAUUAUUUAAGAUCUUUCAAAGUGUGUGAUCAUUUAUAAUAAUAAAGUCAAUAGAAAUGUA